UUUUUUUCUCCCCAUGGAUUGCGCAUGCCUAACCAGACGUGGCAGCAGCCGCUCGUUCUUCCAGCGCGAGCGGGAGCCGGAGCUGGAGCGAGCUCGGUUAUUAUGGCUCAGCCGGGACGCAGUUUCAAGGGGGCUCCGGUCUGCGGAAGGAGAAUGCUGCUGUUACUGCUUACUCUUUUGGGUAUCUUUCCAGCAUGUGUGUUACCAUCAAAGAUGUCGCCCCUGAUAGAAAAAAUUAGUGAUCAGAAGGACUUCAAAAAGCUGUUGAGAACACGAAAUAAUGUGUUGGUGCUAUAUUCCAAAUCUGCGGUGGCUGCUGACAAUUCGCUCAGGUUAUUAUCUGAUGUAGCCCAAGCUGUGAAAGGCUGCGGUACUAUAACAUGGAUAGAUUGCGGUGAUUCAGAAAGCCGAAAACUAUGCAAGAAGAUGAAGGUUGAUCCUGGUCUGAAAGAGAAAGGGAUAGAAUUACUACACUACAAAGAUGGUGCAUUUCACACUGAAUAUAACAGAGCAUUUACACUGAAGUCACUGGUUGCCUUUCUAAAGGAUCCUGAAGGAGCUCCAUUGUGGGAGGAAGAUCCUGAAGCCAAAGAUGUUGUUCAUAUUGACAGUGAAAAGGAACUGAAAAGACUUCUGAAGAAAGAAGAUAAACCUGUUCUGCUGAUGUUCUAUGCCCCUUGGUGUGGAGUUUGCAAAAGAAUGAUGCCAGCUUUCCAACAAGCAUCCACUGAACUGAAGGGCAUGUAUGUACUCGCAGGGAUGAAUGUCUACUCAUCUGAAUUCGAAAAAAUAAAAGAAGAAUAUAAUAUCCGGGGAUAUCCAACAAUAUGCUACUUUGAAAAGGGGAAAUUCCUGUUUAAUUAUGAAAACUAUGGUGCUACAGCAAAGGACAUUGGAGAAUGGCUGCAAAAUCCUCAGCCACCUAAGCCACAGACUCCUGAGACUCCUUGGUCAGAAGAAGAAAACACUGUUUUUCACCUAACAGAUGAUGAUUUUGACAAGUUUAUCAAGGAACAUUCUUCUGUAUUAGUGAUGUUCUAUGCACCAUGGUGUGGACAUUGUAAGAAAAUGAAGCCAGAAUAUGAGAAAGCCGCAGAGAUACUCCAUGCAGACAAUAAUAAACCAGGUGUUUUGGCAGCAGUAGAUGCAACUGUCAGCAAAGCUGUGGCAGAAAAAUUUCACAUAUCAGGAUUUCCAACCCUCAAGUUCUUUCAGGAUGGAGAAGAGAAAUACACCUUGCCUCACCUCCGUACAAAGAGUAAAAUUGUGGAAUGGGUGCUAAAUCCUCAGGCACCUCCUCCACCUGAACCAACUUGGGAAGAAAAGCAAACAAGUGUUAUCCAUCUUGCAGGUGAAGACUUCCGAGAAUUUUUGAAGAAAAAGAAGCACACUCUCGUAAUGUUUUAUGCUCCAUGGUGUCCACAUUGUAAAAACUCAAUUCCACAUUUCACAACAGCAGCAGAACUCUUUAAAGAAGAUCGUAAGGUAACUCUAGAGUCAUUUUGGAUUUUUUUGGUAGGAAUUUCAGCUUAUUUGGUGUGUUGUUUACUUUCUUUGCUUUCAGAAACAUGUGAAUAAUUUCCCACUUUGCCCCUUUUCUUGAUUUCUUCCACUUAAACUUGGGUAGAGGAAAAGGAGGUAUUUUGUUUUGGGGCAAUCUCAACUUGAGGAGAAGUACAGUUUAAUCUCUUUGUCUAGGAUUUAAGGAAAAGAAACACAAACAUAAAAAAAAACCCCGAGAGCAGCUUGAGCUCUACUUGUUAUAAGUGUUACCACUGGUUCUAUUACUAAAAGAGACCUACUGUUUUUUCAGUUGUAGGAUGAGACUUAUCAUUAGGCUGAGAAUGUUGUUUGGCUAGAUUCAGACUAUGGGAAAGGCUCAUUUAUUUUCUGAGAGUGGUCUUCUAACACAUAAUGUAGAUAGCAUUAUCAUCUUCAACAGUCCCAUGAUCUACUAAUCAAAGUUCAGAAAGAUCAUUGCAAAAUGGCAGAUCUAGUUGUAAGGUUCAAAUGGUAAGGUUUAGGAAUAUUGCCCUAUGAGAAAAGUUACUGAGUCUUGGGGAAAGUGAACGUGGAAUUCCUGACCUAGGUUUAGUCAAGUGUGUAGAAGUUCUUAAUGCUGAAUGAGCUGCACAUUAGAAGGUGAAUAUAUCUAUGCAUAGCUAUAUAAAUAUAUAUGCAUAAGCACAAACUUAAUAUGUAUUUGUGUUAACCAUUUUUGGGGUGAUGCUGGUGCUAUACGUUUUCACCAAAGUGAAUGAUAUAAUUUUGCCACAAACUUUCCUCCCAAGAUUGCUUCAAAUGAACAUUGCAUUAUUCUCUGAUGUUCUUGAGUGCAGGUCACAGAAGAAUGAAUUUAAAUUAAAGGAAGGCAGAUUUAAGCAUCCUAAAAGUAAGAGCUUUUUGAUAGUGGAACCAAUUACCCAGAGAGAUAGUGGAUUCGCCUUCACUGUGUAUUUUUGGAUCAAGUCUAGAGACCCUACUAUUGAGAAUACUUUAAUUAGGAUUCCUUCACUGAACAAGGAGUUAGUCUUAAUGGUCUGAAUGGGCUUUUCAAACCCUGAUUUUGAACAAGAAGUUGAAUUAGGAAAGCCAUGGAAACUGCAAUACAUUCCUCCUGCUGUAGCAAGCACUUCAAGGAGAAGUAUAUUGCCUUCUUUUGCACAUAUGUGAGUGCAAAUCUUGAUUAUUAAGCAUCAGUUCCUCCUUUGCCAUACCAUCAAUACUAAGCAAACUUACUGGUUUUCAAAACUCGAUAUGGUUUUAUUCCAUCUGGCAACCCAUCCCAGGUACACAUGCAACCCCAUACAUACUCCUUCCUCCUCCAUAGUUACAGCAUGCAUGAAUACCACAACUUUGUGGAUAGCCCAUUACAUGACUCUUUCUCAACUAAUUUCCCUGAUACUGAGAAACUUUGUGAGUAUAGUGUUAAAUAACUUUGCCCAAAUUAUGGAUGAAUUCGGAAUUUACAUUGCUUCCAUUGAUUAAUAGAUUUAUUCAAAACCUGUCAAAGGUUGAGAUGUCGUUUUAGCCCUCAAGAUGGCAAUUGAUGGGUGCAGCCCUUAUUUCAAUUAAUAGUAGAAAUAUGAAAUGUGCCAGCCAACUAAAAUGUAGAAGUAUAAAGUUUAAUGAGCUGGAACCUAAGUUCCAAUUGAGGAUAUUGAGUUUAGAGUAGUUCCUGAAGGCCAGGCAUAUAAGAAAAACAGCUAUGUUUUUACCUACCUUGUUUGACUUUUCAAGGUAGUGGAGAUUGAUAAUUCUAUACUAUUUCUUCAAUCAUAUGCAAUUCAAUUCUGCUGAAGUGUUCUUGGGUUUGCUAAUGACCUUUAUGGAUAUUCUAUACAGACUGUAGUGUUGUUUAGGAAUUCACUUCAGUAUUAUCAUAAAGCUCUUUUUAAACAAUUCCUUUUUCAAAUUUCUGUGAAUUUUUUUUUUGGGGGGGGGUCUGGCUGCUGCUUACACAGUUCAGUAGACAACAGAUAAGCAGAUCUGCUAAACAAAUUGAACUUUAAAAAUCCAGCAAGCUUUUAAUUUUCAAAGGAAAAUAUUUGCAUGUACCACACAGCUUUCUACAAGCUUGCAUUUGUCUCCAACAUUGUGAUUCUCAAUUUUCCCUCUUCUUAAGUCAGUUAAUAAUAUCAAAAUGAAGGAACAGAUUGCAUAACCCAGAUACAAGAAUUAAGAUAAAGAGUUAUAUCUCUAUGCCUUUUGCUAGCUAUUUAUUGAAAAUCCUUGAACUAUGUCAGUGCCUUCACAAGGGGCUUUGAGAAACUGCAGUGCAUAUUUUUAGGACCAUAAUUCCAGUACCUUCAGCCAACGCAAAUAUUUGGCUUGAACUGUUUCCAUUAAAGUUGGCCGUCAUGAAAACAAUUAGGAAAUUUUGAAAAGACAGAGUAUUUAUAGCUGAUUCCAUUUUACUUCUGACAUUCCUUUAGAAUUGUGUAUUUGGAAUAGUUCUUGCCCACUUGCCUGUUUUGUACUCAGUCUGUGUAAAGGUAAAGUUAGUGUAAUAUUUAGACUUAGGAGGAAACAAAUUAUCCAAUUGUCAUACAGCAGUAUAUCAUAAGAAUAUUAGAGACCUAACACUAAAUAAACAAAAACAUUUUUUAAUGUUGAAACCAAAGUGUAUCCUAUUUACAUUCAUGCAGUAUAAUCAGUAUCACACCCAGUCUUGUGUCAUCUUAAAGUCUAACCAAUAUAUUCUCUUAUGAACUGUUGUAAAUAUGAGACUGUAAAUAUACCACUGCAUUUUAUAUGGUUUUUAUGCUUUUAACUAUACAAUGGCCAGGGUCAUUCUGAGUGUAAAAGGGGCUGUACCUAAAUUUGAUAAAAUAAAUAAAAGAUUUAGGAUUUUC